UGUGGCCCGGGGCCGCGCCUCCCUCCCGGUCUUCCGGUCUUUCUUGCCAGCUGGGCCGGAAGGGAACGGUGCACCUGCAGCCCAGUGUUUUCAGGCCCUCAGACUCAAGAGGUUCAGGCUCAUUGGGGUCCCUCACCGUGCUCUGACGCGGGAAAAAGGUCUUGUCACCCACGGAGAGCUGAAGUACCGACGACUCGGACCUCAGCCCUAGGCUUCUGCUGUGGAGGACAAAAUCCUUAACUGUCCUGAGCGGACGUCCUGUUAGAGGGUGGCGCCUGGAUGAGCCUGGGGUAAUGCGAAAAUGAUCCACAGUCUAUUUCUCAUAAACUGUUCCGGUGACAUAUUUCUAGAGAAACACUGGAAGAGUGUUGUGAGCCAGUCUGUCUGUGAUUAUUUCUUUGAAGCUCAAGAGAAAGCAGCUGAUGUUGAAAAUGUACCACCUGUUAUUUCAACACCUCACCACUACCUCAUCAGUAUCUACCGGGAUAAGCUCUUCUUUGUCUCUGUCAUACAGACUGAAGUGCCACCUCUCUUUGUAAUUGAGUUCCUACAUCGAGUUGCUGAUACUUUUCAGGACUACUUUGGUGAGUGUUCGGAGGCUGCAAUUAAGGAUAAUGUGGUCAUAGUAUAUGAGCUCUUGGAAGAAAUGUUAGACAAUGGAUUUCCACUGGCUACUGAAUCUAACAUUUUGAAAGAAUUGAUUAAACCACCAACAAUUCUGCGUUCUGUCGUCAACUCUAUUACAGGCAGUAGUAAUGUUGGGGACACACUCCCCACUGGGCAGCUGUCCAACAUCCCAUGGCGCCGAGCAGGGGUAAAGUACACAAACAAUGAAGCCUAUUUUGAUGUCGUUGAAGAAAUAGAUGCAAUUAUAGAUAAAUCAGGAUCUACAGUCUUUGCAGAAAUUCAGGGGGUAAUUGAUGCUUGCAUUAAGCUAUCUGGAAUGCCUGACCUUUCCCUUUCUUUCAUGAACCCAAGGCUUCUAGAUGAUGUCAGCUUCCACCCCUGCAUCCGGUUCAAGCGUUGGGAAUCUGAAAGAGUUUUGUCAUUUAUUCCUCCAGAUGGAAACUUCCGACUCAUAUCAUAUCGUGUCAGCUCACAAAAUCUAGUGGCAAUACCAGUAUAUGUGAAACAUAGCAUCAGUUUUAAGGAGAACAGUUCUUGUGGUAGAUUUGAUAUUACAAUUGGACCAAAGCAAAAUAUGGGGAAAACUAUUGAAGGAAUCACAGUGACAGUUCACAUGCCAAAGGUUGUGUUGAAUAUGAACCUGACACCAACACAAGGCAGCUAUACAUUUGAUCCAGUUACCAAGGUACUAACGUGGGAUGUGGGAAAAAUCACUCCACAAAAGCUCCCCAGUCUUAAAGGACUGGUAAAUUUACAAUCUGGAGCACCCAAGCCAGAAGAGAAUCCAAGCCUCAACAUACAGUUCAAGAUCCAGCAGCUUGCCAUUUCAGGCUUAAAAGUAAACCGCUUGGACAUGUAUGGGGAGAAAUAUAAGCCAUUUAAAGGAGUCAAAUAUGUCACGAAAGCUGGAAAGUUCCAAGUGAGGACAUGAGAAGAGGCCAGAAUUCCUCAAGAUAUGUUUGUUUUCAAGUGUCAUUACAGUUUAUUACCAUUAGGUACCAAUUGGAUGGGAAUACAUAUUCUAGUUAAAGCAUUUGUGUCAAGCCACACACCGCUAACAGAGUUGCUUAGUAAUCAAUGUAGGGUUCUUAAGGAGCUUUAAGCUAAGGAAACUUCUGAAUGACUUAGCUUAUUUGUAUCUUGUCACUUAGGAAGAUUGUAGAGGUGAUUUCCUCCAUAGGGAGACACCAGCUGGAGGCUGCAUAUUUUAACAGUCAAGGCAAAAGUCUACAGUGAUAACCUCUCUCCUAAAACAAGUGAGCUGGUCUCAGCAGGAGCUAUCUUAGUCUGUAAUUGAUGUAUCAAGUGCAGCCAAAUGUCACACUUGAUCUUAGCCAUCCCUAAUCUUCUGUCCCAACACAGGAAAAAUUCCUCCCACCCCAAAAAGUUUACAGAAAACUGCCUCUUCAAGUGUUUGCCUUAUUCAGCUUUUCACUUAUGCCAUUAAGCAAGCACUGUAGCAAAAGCCACUUCACAUGGCCCUGGCAGGGAGCACUGCUGCUCCAUGCUCCAUUCUCACUGUAUUUGAUAUUGUAUUUUUUAUAAAUAAGAUUUUUAUGUAAAGCUCAGAUUUUGAUUUAUAGGGACCUUGCUGCAGUAAGUACCAUCUCAGUUUUGUGCCACUUGGUUCAGCUGUUAGCACAGUAAAAAUGAUUUGUAUCAAAGGGGCGAAUGCUUUAAGGUAAUAAAAGGGAACACUACUUCUGCUUUUAGGAAGUUAUUGCAAGCACAAGCAUUUGAGAUUUUAAGCAAAUUAAUGUAGUAAAAGAGAAACUUAAGUGAACCUUUGCCAUCUUCAUGUUUUAUAAAGCUUAUCCAACACCACUUAAAACCAGUUAGCCUGAAGGCCUCAUGCCCUAGUUCAGCUAAAGGAAGAAAAUGUGCCUGCCUCACUGUUGUCAAUCUUUUUUUUUUUUUUUUUAAGCUUUUAUCUCUUUUUGUUGUUGUUCUUAAGGGUUUCAACUUGCCCACACUCCUUGUCUUCAGGGGAACUCCCUUUUCAUAUUUUGUGCUUCCCAAUUCCCUAAUCUUUUCACAAUAUGAAAAGUCAGUAGAUUCCUUCCUGAAACUAUUGUUGUAACUGUCACUGGAGUACUUAAAUGUCUCUACUGUACUGACAAAGUACAUGAAAGUACACUAUAAUGAGGCAGAAACAAAAUCCUCAGUAACAUUGAUAAACCUGUAUUGAUCUUCAUGGUUGGCAAGUCAGUCCACAGUUGUUAUCAUUUAACUUGAUUGACUUAGAAGUCCUUGCCCAGUUAUUUUGCUUCAUUAGACAUGAAGAAUGGAGAAAGUUAAGAUGUAAGUGCUUGUUCUUGCUAUUAGCUUUCUCUUUGUGAGUCCAUUCUUUUCACUGUCAACUUAUCCCUUACCGUUAUCAUGCUAACCGUAGCCCUUACACUCAUCCCAUUCUGCUGUCAGGGCUAGUGGUUGGUGCUGGUACAGGGAGCCCACUGUACAGCAGCAUUCUUACCUUUGCCUGCCUAGGGCACCCAGCCUGCCUUUCAUCUAAUAGGAAAGGUUACUUUUUGCAACUUAGUAAUUUCUAGGGUAACCAAUAUCAGCUUGGCAGCUAAAAUUAAGAUGUUGCCAAAUAUUUAUUCCCUUUGCCUAAGAUUGGAUACCCAGUUCAAUUGCUUUUCAUUUUAAUGUCUUCCUCUUCAAAGUUCAUACCUCAAAAGAGCAAUCAAUACAUUUACUUUUCUUUCUGCAGAAUCCCUAAUCUCAAUCAUCCAUAUAUGGACUAAUUUUCUUUCUGUGCUAUCUUCUCAUAUACAAGCAGAUUGUAUGCCAAGAGUCCCUUGCUUCUAGCAAUUUCUGCUAAAACUUCCAAGUAGACUGUUUCCUUUUACAAUUAAAUUAUUGUAUUUAUUAAUUUGAUUGAAUCCAGUAAGUCCUUUCUCUAGCUCUGGCUACACUGUCAAUAAAAAGAUGAAAGCAACAAGUUGAUUUUUUAGCUUGACGGUUAAUUGAGCAUUCUCAGCUGGGCAUGCCUCAGUGUUAGGGCAGGCUGAACGUGGUCACAUUUUACUCUGCAUCAUCACACAAGGUGUGAGGGUUGCUGCAGAGCACUUCCAAGUGCUCCUCUCUUGACCUCAGCCUUAUAUACUUUCUCUAACCAUCACCCUUUUAGCCACAGACUGAACAAUAAGUGAUGAAAGCUACUCUCCCUACCACCACCUACUAACAACAAAGAUCCAUGAAUUCUUAGUAGUAUUGAAAUAUUUUUCAAGCACAGAAUUCCAGAUAAUUCCAGAAUAGCCUCAUUUUCUAAAUUCUUAAAGGAGUAUAACCCAAAAGCUCAUUUUCUGCAUAAAGGAGUCACCAUCAUUUUAUUCAAAGGGAGUUCAUAUGAUGGGUUCAUUCCUUAAGUGCUGCUAUAGAAGAACCUUGGAAAAUACUGGUCCUGGUGUCCUUAGAGUCAUCUGACUUGAGAAAAACUAUAAUGCAGCAGGAAGGCAGCACCAGUGAACGUAUGGUAAAUAGAAAAAAUGAGACCAUGAACACUGUUUUCAGAUAUUGCUGAGCUAAUUCAGUACCUCUGGACAGUUCCCUUUAACUCAGACAGCUGGAAUCUGCCUCCCUAGUCAGCAACUUUUCUAAGUUAAAGCAGUGAUAAAUGUAGUCAGUACUAUCCCCCUUUAGUGAUAUUUACCACUUUCAGAUCUGGAAAAUAAGGCAAAAAUACUGAUGUCCCAGCUCUACUUCAAGAACCUGUUCCUACUCUUAGAGCUUCCUCAAGCAAGAAGAGGAAUAUGUGCCCAAAAGCUAGCUCUGCCUCAUAACUCUGGUGGAUCCCUGACAACCCUGUUGUUCUGUAUUGGGCUUUAGAAUAUUAAAUACAGACCUGCAAUAUUCCUGCACAUGUAAUAGCUUUAGCUUAGGGGAUAGUGAUGGCCUCCACAUACAGCCAGAAUCUUCUAAGAUGGACUACUUCAACCAGGGGAUGAUCUAUAUCAUCUGGCUGUUUUCCUCUUACUGCUAACCUUUUGUCACUUCUGCUGCUUCUAGUUUAUAAUCCCCAGUGUUGUCCUUUAUUACAAAGAUCUUGUUAAGUAAAUAUAUUACCGCUGGUUUCUA